AUGGACAGAAGUACACUCCACCUCCAAUUCGUCAGGAGCAAGCAACCGCCAUUACUACCCGAACAGGAUACAGGUAAUGAUGAGGAAGCUGAUGUUGAUGAGGAAAUUGAGAUGGAAGACAGUCCUACUGUGAAGACUCCGGUUACUCCACCAAAACCGGAUGUGAUACCCGAGGCUAAGCCAUACAAGCCUAAGGGAAUGCCAAAUUAUGCAAAGUUUAUCAAAGAACUUGUGACGGAUAAAGGAAAGAUAUUUAAGGUGAGGGCUACUUAUCUUAAUGCCGAGUGUUCUGCUAUCUUGCAGAACCAACAGAUUCCACCUAAGCUUGAGGAUCAAGGGAGUUUCCUUAUCACUUGUUCUAUUCGUUCUUUAACUUGUAAGGCACUUGUCGACCUAGGUGCUAGUAUCAAUUUGAUGCCUUACUCGGUUUGGAGUAAACUGGCUUUGGGAGCAUUGAGACCUACCCGAAUGAGUAUAAGAUUAGUUGACCAUUCUUUUCAGUAUCCCAUUGGGAUUGCUGAAAAUAUGACUGUCCAGGUAGACCAUAUUGUGUUUUUGGUUGACUUCGUAAUCUUAGAAAUGGAAGAAGACACUAAGGUACCCCUAAUUCUGGGUAGACCAUUCCUUAACACCGCGGAUGUCGUUAUUCGGGUGAAAGAUAAGGAGAUUUCUUUGGGUGUGGGUACUGAUAGGAUUGUGUUUAAUGUUGAAAGGUCUAUUAAGCAUUCUUAUUCUACUGACGAGUCUUGCUUCAGGAUUGAUGUCAUUGAUGAUGCUUUAGAUCAAGAAUUUCAGCAACUCAUGGAGACAGAAGUUGAUAAGAGCUCACAUGCUUAG